GCAGGCCGUCGGGCUGGCCGAGGAGCUGGCCGUGGGAUUGGGCGUCGGGCAAGGCGUCAGACUGGUCGUGGGGCUGGUCGUGGCGCUGGCCAUGAAACUGGCCGUGGGGCUGGCUGUCGGGCUGGCCGUCGGGCAGGCCGUUGUGCUGGCGGUCGGGCUGGCCGUCGGACUGGUCGCGGGGCUGGCAGUCGGGUCGGCCGCGGGGCAAGCCGAGGGGCUGCUCGUGGGGCUGGCAGUCGGGCUGACCGAGGGGCUGUCGUUCGAGCUGGCUGUGGGGCUGGCCGCGAGGCUGGUCGCGGGGUUGAAAGUAGGGCUGGUCGCGGGACUGGCCGUAGGCCUGGCUGUGGGUGAGGCCGCGGGGCUGGUCGUGAAACUGGAAGUCGGGCUGGCCGUGGGGCUGGCCGCGGGGCUGGCAGUCGGGCUGGCCCCGGGGCUGGCCGUCGGGCUGGCCGUGGGACUGGCCGUGGGGCUGGCAAACGGGCUGGCUGCGGGGCUGGCUGUGGGGCUGGCAGCGGGGCUGGUCGUGGGGCUGGCCGUGGGGCUGGCCGCGGAACUGGCCAUCGGGCUGGCCACGGGGCGGGCCAACGGGCUGGCCGUCAAGCGGACCGUUGGGCUGGCAGCCGGCCAGGCUGCAGUGGGGCUGGCAGUCGGGCUGGCCGCGGGGCUGGUCGCCAGGCUGUCCGAGGGGCUGGCCGUUGGGCUGGCCGUUGGACUGGCCAUGGGGCUGGCAGUCGGGCUGGCCGUGGGGCUGGCAAGCGGGCUGGCUGUCGGGCCCGCCGAGGGGCUGGCAAUCGGGUUGGCCGCGUGGCUGGCCGUGGGGCUGACAGUCAGGCUGGCCGCCGGGUCGGGCUGGCCUCGGGGCUGGCAAUCGGGCUGGCUGCGACUGGCCGUGGGGCUGGCCGGGUUGGGCAUGGGGCUGGCCGUGGGGCUGGCAGUCGAGCUGGCCGUGGGGCUAGCAGCUCGGCUGGCUGUCGGGCUCGCCGUGGGGCUGGCAAUCGGGUUGGCCGUGUGGCUGUCCGUGGGGCUGGCAGUCGGGCUGGCCGUGGGGCCGGCCGCGGGGCUGGCAGUCGGGCUUGCCCCGGAGCUGGCCGCUUGGCCGUGGGACUGGCCUUCUCGGGGCUGGCAGUCGGGCGGGCCGACGGGCUGGCCGCGGGGCGGGCCGCAAGGCAGGCCGCGGGGCUGGCCGGGGCUGGCAGUCGGGCUGGCCACGGGGCGGCCCUACGGGCAGGCCGUCAGGCGGGCCGCGGGGCUGGCAGCCAGGCAGGCCGUGAGGCCGGCAGUCGGGCAGCACGGGGAGCAGGCCGCCUGGCCGGCCGAGGGGCUGGCAGUCGGGCUGGCCGGGAAGCUGGCCGGGGGGCAGGCC